AUGGAAAUCUUAUUCUGGAAAGUUUUUAAAAAUAAAUAUUUGUUUAGAUUAAUAUUUGAUGAUGUAAAGAAUCAAAGUAUAUAUAGUGAUCAAAGAAGACAUAUGAUUUCAAAAAGAAUUAGAUUUGAACAAAUUCAAUCAUUAGAAUGGUUAAUUCAAAAGAAACAAUAUAAUCUUUUAAAAGAUAAAUUAAAAUCAAAUCAACCAAUACAUAUAACUGAACAAUCUAUAAAGAGAUUAUUUCAAGAUAUUAAAUCAAUUGAAAUUAAAUCAAAACUUGGAAAACAAAUAAUUGAAAUUUUAAAACUUUUAUAUCACCACAAAAGAGAUGAAAUGAAUACACUCGAUUUAAUUGAAACAUCAAUGAUUUUUAAUUCAAAAAUUGCAUUAUCAACAUUUUUAGAAAUUUUCAAUAAUACUACUGAUGAUAGUGAAGAUGAUGAUGAAAAUAAUAAUGAAAAUAAUAAUAAUAAUAAUAAAUUAUCAAAAGAAUUAUUUGAUUUAGGUAUAAUUAAUUCAAGUUUUGAAUGUUUAAAAUUUAUAAUUGAAAAUUAUUCAAUUAAUUAUACAGAGUCAGAUUUAAUAAAGAAUGCGUUGGAUUCAAAUGAACCAGAUAGAAUGUUAGAAUUUAUUGAAAUUGAAUUAAAAUUAGAUUUAAAAGAAUUGAUUAAUAAAUAUAGAGAUAGGAAACAAAGUCAUAUUAAAUGUUUAUCAAUUUAUUUUUUAAAAUCAAUUAGAUAUAAAUUAUUAAUUUUAGAGAAUAAUUUCAUUAUUGAUAAAGGUGAUGAUGGUGCACAUAGUCAAACUAUUUCAACGACAUCAUCGAAUUUCGCUGCUAUAAUGGAUGGUCCAAAUAAGAAUUCAUUUCAAGAACAAGAGGAGAAUUCUUCAAAUUUAGAUUUCAACAAUUUAAAAGCAAUGCUAUUGGAAAGAUUUGAUACGACUUUAAAGAGAACACCAAUAAUUGAAUCAAUGAAAAAUGUUACAACAACUAAUCAACUAUUGGAAUUACAUAAAAAACAUUUAGAUUUACAAUUUAUAUCAUUCAAUGUUAUAAAUGAAAGAGUUGAUGAUGAAAUUCCAACAUUUUUAAAAUCGAUUUUCUUAACUAGGAAUACACUAUUUCAUCUUAUUAAAUUAUCUUGUAUGUAUUUUAAUUUGGAUGCUUUGAAUCUUUAUUUUAAAGUUUCUAGUUCCGGUUGUGAUUUAAGAUUUCCAGAUGCUGUAAAUGUUUCAUCAUUCAAUUAUAAUGGAAUUAAUAAAUUGGUUCAAUCUGAAACUAAAAUAGUGGAAUUUAUAAAUAAAGCCUUUGAAAUACUUUCAGAAAAACUACUUUAUGAAAAAGAUAUCUUUAAAAUCAUUGUAAAUGUAUUAUUAAUUAAAUAUGAUAGUAAUGUAAUUGAAGCAGUAUUAAACAAUUGUUUAUCUUUUUCAAGUCAAUUUCUAUCAUUCAUUUUAAAUGAUUCAAUUAAUGGUGAUGAAGUUGUAAGGUUAAUUUGGAAAAAUCCAACAAUACCAAUAGAUAAUUUAUUAAUAGUUUUAUCAAGAAAACGUGAACCAUUUAGAGAAAGAGGUUUAUCAUUAUUCAUUUCAAAUCAUACCGAUCAAGAUAAAAUUAAAAUUUUUAAUAAUAUUUGUAAAGUUGAUAGAAUCUUAUUAAAAUCAAAAGGAUUACAACCAUCAUUAACAAAAUCCUAUAGAAAGAAAUUAAUUGAAGAUUAUUUACAAUUAAAUAAAAAAUCAUUAUCAAAUUCAAUUAAUAUAUUUAAACAAUUAGAUUUAGAUUCAAUUGAAUUAAAAGAUGAAAUCAUUUCAUUUUUAUUUAAAGAUUUUAUUUUAAAUUCAAUAUUUAAUAAUGAUAAUGAUUAUGAUAAUGGUCAAGAAGAAGAAGAGGAGGAAGAAGAUAAGGAAAAUAAAAUUAAAAUAUUAAAUGAAAUUUUUACAAAUAUAUCUCAAGUUUGUGGUGAUGGUGAAAAUCAAAUAGUUUUUUCAAUUGAUUUAUCAAUUAUUGAAAAAAUUACAAUAAUUUUUAAAAUUUUAAAAAAUAAUUUUAUAAAUAUUGAAAUUAUAAAGAAAUCAAUUGAAAAAGGAUUUUCAGAUGAAUUAAUUAUAAAAUUAUUUCAACUUUCAAAAGAAUGUAAUUCGAUUAUACCAAAGGAUAUAAUUUUUAAUAGUUUAUUAGUUGAUAAAAGAUAUUUUUUAGUUAGUAACCUUAUUGAAUCAUUUAAAGAAUCAAAUGGUAAAAUUCAAUAUUUUACACCAUCACCAUUUUCAUUGGAUCCAAGUUUUAGAGAAUCAAGUUUAAAUGUUGAUAGAUUAUUUACAAAUUUAAAGAAUAAACAAUUUUUAAGUUCAAAAAUUCCAUUAGGUGCAGAUUGGAAUCUAACAAGUCAUAAUGAAUUUCUUUUAGAUUUUAAAUCUUCAAAUUCAAUUGCCAGUUGUUUCUUUAAGAGAAGUGAUAUUUUUGAACAUUUAAUUGAAUUUUUAGAUUUCAGUAGGUUUAAAUCAAUUUAUUCUUUAGAUCAUUCAUUUGAUGAAAAAAUAAAGAAAUCAUUACCUUCACUUAUAAAAGCAAAUAGAUUAGAUCUUUUACAAUAUUAUUUCCCAUUCAUUCAAUUUCAAUCGUCAAAUGAAGUUACACCAUUAAUAAUGUUAUCAAUUCAAUUGGGUAAUAUUCAAAUUUUAAAUUUCUUUUUAAACUAUCCAACUUUUAAAAACUCUGAAAUACAAUUAGAUUUUCAAGAACUUUUUAGAGAAUCUUUAAAAUUUUGUCAUUUUAAUAUUAUUAAAUUAUUAAUUUCAACCGUUUCAAAUAGUAAUAAUAAUAAAAAGAAUUCCCUUGAAAUUAAUUCAAAUCAAAUUUGUCAUCUUAUUAUCAAUAAUAGAUUAGAGAUUUUAAAAUACCUAUACAAAGAAAGGUUAUUGGGAAUUUCUGAUUUUCAAGAUUUCUCACUUGAUACUCGUACAAAUUCAAUCAUUUCCAGAAAAUCUUUAUUUGCUACUCGUCUACAAAAAGAUAAUUAUACUUUCUUUGCAAAUUAUCUGUACCCAAUUUUUAUAUCACCAUCAAAUAUUAUAUUACCUGAAAAAUUAUUUUAUUUUAUAUUAAAAAUUAAAGAAAAUGAUUGUUUAGUUUUUAACGAAAAAAAAACAAAAAAAAUCAUUGAAAUUCGUAAUAACAAAAGAUUAGAAAAAUUAAUAAAACAAAAAAAUAAAAUGAAAUUAACUUAA